CUGACUGAGCGGAGAGAUGAGGGAAAGUGGGAUAAAACUGCUUCACCAGUCGUACAGAUAGUUCAUACACACGGCAGCGGAGGGUUUAGCCUGACACGCUAUUAAAAAAUUUGAUAUUCAGCCAGUCAGCUCUUAGUCAUCCUGAGAGGAGGAAGUCGAAAGUGUGCUCUACAUAGAUAGAUAUUUGCAAAAUAUUUGCAAAAUGGCCCUAAUCAGGAACAUUUUGUUCCUCCUCGUUGUUGCUGAAACAACCCUCGCUUUUCCAGCCUUGGAAAGCUACUUGAACGAAUUUGGGACGGAAGUACGAGAAAAACGGGACGUUUUGAAGGGGAAGAAUCAUGACUUGAUCAGAUCAAAGCGCUACAUUGGCCGAGUUCCUGUCGCUUAUAUGAAGAAAGCCCUGAAUCUGCAGCCGUAUGGGGAUGUAGAAGAUGAGAAUUCCGCCGUUGGAAAGUUUGGGCGUCCAAAGCCCAUGUCACACUUCAGAGAACUCGUUCCGAACAAUUAUCCGGAACAACAGGAGCCGCACCACUACGGGCACAACAACCUUGACACGAGCAACUUGACGGAUGAGGAGAUCCAAACCCUCCUCCUCAUGUUGGACGGGUAUGAGCUCAACAGCAACAGCGAAGGACAAACCCGACCGAGACACCUGUACAAUGGCGUCGGGAAACGUGAGACAGGUAAAAGAUCGCUCGUCAAUUAUGAGCAGCCGAUGAGUUUCGACAACUCGCUGAUCCCAGGAGCUGACAAAUUGGAAUUUCUCGGAACCAACAACAAGCGCAGCGGGGGCGUCAAGAGUCUCUCGAAACCAGCAACCUUCCGAGUGAAGAAGGAGACGGACCCUGCCGUUUUUGCCAAUCUGGGCAGAGUUUUCUCCGAUGACGACAACGCCAAGCUCCCCGGGGGCAACUUGGUACCAGAAAAGACCAAGAAAUCUGUCGACUGGUCCAACUAUUUGGGAAUUGAUAAACGAGCCAAGCAGGAUGAAUACCAGGGCCAACCGAUUUAUGCAGAUUCAGCAGUACCACCACAGACUAAAAGCCCCCCAUCCACCACGGCUUCGUCCAACCCGAAUAAUAAACCGGUGAAAGCACCCCAAAUGCCAAAUGCGAAAUUGCUUGCAGUGCCCAGCACCACCUCCGCAAAAGGAAAAGAUUCCGGUAAGAAGGACUUGGAACGUAAGGAAAAUGAAACGCUGAACAAAGAAGACGACAGAAAAUGGGUUUUGGAAGAAUUCUACAAGAACUUUGCAAUGAUGACGAACGUCAAAAGGAAGCGAGAAACGGCAUUUGUGCCAUCUGGAACAUCCAACGAUUUGGACGGGCUGAACGACUUGGAGCAUAAGAUGACGCAGGUGGGUGAUAAAAUCAUUUGGGACGCGGUUAAGUACACAGGCGCUCAUCGAGAUCAGACGAUUUCACCAAGCGAGUUGGCUAAAGUGAAAGCAAACAUUUUGAAACAGUUGGAGACAGUGUACAGCUUGGAGAAAGUUCGCCGGGAGAUUGAUGAAGUCCGUGAGAAACUUGCACGGCUGACAAAAAGCCCGAUGGAUUUGCUAGCCUAAAAGAAGCACCACCCGAAUUGUAUGUAUCUAAUCAAAGCAGUAAGAAGACCACUGUUUGAAAAAAAUUACAGCUAAAGUCCACAAUUCGCUAAAUAUAUAAUAUUGAUGAAACAGUAUUAAUAUGUAUGUAAAAAAAGGUCUAAUCUGUUCCAAAAAAAUGUAAUAAUGAGAGAUUGAAUCUCAAAGAAGAAGAGCGAUAAUCAUCAGAACUUAUACGACGACGACGACGACGACGACGUAGUAAAUGUCAAUCGUAGCUACAAAUAUAUAUCGUGUUCUAGUAUUAGUAAAUUGUAAUGAAAUUACGAAAAUUAAGUAUUAAUUAAUCUCCUCUAAUUGUUACGAUAUACAACUAAAUAUAUGAACGAGAUUGAUUGAGUGUGAUUUACUUAUGGUGUACCUGCAACAGGCUCCCAACCUAUACUUACAUACACUAUAUGUAAAUAUAUACUGAUUUGAAUUACAUAUUAUUGCUUGUGUGAAUUUUUGUAAUUCGUCGAGAUGGAACGGACAAUAAAAAAAUAAAUUCUUUGUUAA